AUGGGAAAAUAUCACCCCUCCAAUGCCUGGCAUUGCGCCAUCAUCUCCCUCAUCAGUCUCUUGGGGAUAUUCUACUUCUCUGUUGUUUUUGCGCAGGUUCUCCUAUUUCUUUGCUUUAAGCUCGGCAGUCCAACUCUCCAAGCACUCUCUGUCAUUGCCUUCUGCGCCAGUGUCAUCUUAUGGUGCUCGUUGAUCUUGCUUGAUCAAGUCCUGUCCAUCUUUCAAAACGGCCAAUACACGGCGUCUCGAAGAUCGGAAUUUGAGCUUGGAGCUGUAUUAGCUGUGAUUUGGACGAGCACUCUUCCAACAGUCCUUCAUCUUUUUGAGACACAGCCUUCCAUUCAACUGGGAUAUGCAGCCAUCCUCACCAUUGCAUUUUUUGUGACUGUUGCGGAGCUCCUCACGUUCGACUCGCGGUAG